UAGUUUAUCGCAAUGGCUGUUUCAGUGCCGAAUAUAAACUUAAAGCGUAAAUAUGAUCAUAUCGAAGAUAAAACCCUCCGUUAUUCAUCAAAGCAAAAUAAAAUUACUGAAAGAAGUCAUCAACCUAAUAAGGACAGGGGAAGAAAUUGCCCAUAUUUAGACACUAUAAAUAGAAAUGUCUUAGAUUUUGACUUUGAGAAGCUCUGCUCAAUUUCCUUAUCAAGAAUAAAUGUGUAUGCUUGUCUGGUCUGUGGCAAGUAUUUUCAAGGAAGAGGAACAAACACUCAUGCACACACGCACAGUGUACAGGCAGGUCACCAUGUUUUUCUCAACCUUCAAACUCUACGUUUCUACUGCAUCCCAGACAAUUAUGAAAUUAUUGAUUCUUCUUUAGACGAUAUCACUUAUGUUUUGAAGCCAACAUUUACUCCAGAAGAGAUAGCCAAGUUAGAUAGGAAUGAAAAGAUGUCCAGGGCUUAUGAUGGGACCACAUAUAUGCCAGGAAUUGUUGGUCUCAACAAUAUUAAAGCCAAUGACUACUGCAAUGUCAUUUUGCAGGCUCUUUCUCAUGUUCCACCACUUCGAAACUUUUUUUUGAGGGAAGAAAACUAUAUGACCAUAAAGCGACCCCCAGGAGACAACAUGUUCCUCAUAGUUCAGCGUUUUGGAGAGCUCUUGCGUAAGCUUUGGAAUCCACGAAACUUUAAAGCUCAUGUCAGUCCUCAUGAGAUGUUGCAGGCUGUUGUUCUGUGCAGUAAAAAAUGUUUUCAAAUUACUGAACAAGGUGAUCCUAUUGCUUUCCUUUCUUGGUUUCUGAACAGCCUUCAUUUAGCACUCAAUGGUACAAAAAAAGACAACAGUAGCAUUGUGUACUCUACCUUCAGAGGUUCCAUGCGAGUUUACUCCAGGAAAGUUUUACCCAUUGAUAUUGGUGAUGAAGAGAAGGAAGAGUUACUUUAUAUGGAAGAAUAUAAAGAAACUGUGGAAGAAUCCAAGUUUCUUUAUCUGACCUUAGACCUGCCACCUCCACCACUAUUUAAGGAUGAAUUGCGAGAAAACAUCAUCCCUCAAGUUCCCCUUUUUAACAUUCUUGCUAAAUUUAAUGGUACCACUGAAAAAGAGUAUAAGACAUAUAAGGACUCAACGAUGAAGCGCUUCGAAAUCACCAAACUUCCACCAUAUCUCAUUCUAUAUAUCAAGAGGUUUACCAAAAACACAUUUUAUGUGGAAAAGAAUACUACCAUUGUUAACUUUCCAAUCAAAAAUGUAGAUAUGACAGAAUUAUUGACCCCAGAGGCACGAGAGAAACAUCCUAAAUGUGUCUAUGACCUUGUAGCAAACAUUGUACAUGAUGGUGAACCAGGAUCUGGGACAGGCACUUACAGGACUCACAUUUUACAUCGGGGAACAGGCCAGUGGUAUGAAAUGCAAGAUCUCCAUGUGACAGAAAUACUUCCCCAAAUGAUCACCCUCUCUGAAGCUUACAUUCAAAUUUGGGAAAGAAGAGGCACUGACAACAGGAAACCUACAAGUGUCUAGCAUUAUUUUAUUUUAAAUUGUAACGUGGUUAUUUGUUAUAUAUAUAUGAAUACUGACAAAAAUUGCAGUUUGUGUAUUUGAUUUUAACCAUAAACAGCUUGACACAUUUCAGUUUCUUUCACCAGUUUUGAAGCUUUAUUCUUAUCAUUUUUUGAGAGUUAUAUUACAUGUUUUUGUUGGAACAAAGUAAUUAAAUUUUAUAAAAGUUCUGUUAUGCAAAAACUAAGUACCACUUAAAAAUAAAACCUUUUCCAAGGGAUUCAACGAUUGUGAUUUUUUUGAAGAAAUAAAUGGGUAUUUUUAGCAACUUUUAGUCUCUACACUACAGGGGCAUGUUAUUAAAUGUUUAAGUUAAUUCCAUUCCCUAUGUUUAAGCAUAGUAGUGAUUUUGAGUGCACAGAAAGAUAACAGAUGGUGUGAAUAAAGAAAUAAAAUUUUUAUAUUCUAA